AUGACUGGAUUGACCCUACUCGCUCUCGCUGGUCUGGCUGCUGCCGACUACACAGCUAGCUUUAACGGUGCUCUCCCUGCUGGCAUUGCUGCACCUAACACUGCUGGCUUCAAGAACCCUACUGUUGGGCCUUCGCGCGGUGGUGCCGCCAUCUGUGUCUCUGGCGAUGUCGCCGUUCAAGCUUCUGCUCAGAAUGUCAUGUUCAACUUCAGCGUCCCCGCCAACGAGUCUGUCGUGACCAACACCUUCCUGGAGCUUAUCACUUCCGGCUCCACUUUCUCGAAGAGCAUCAUGGAGGGCAUGCAGAAUGUCACUGGAAACUACACCAUUGCAUCAACUCUCUGUAUGCCUGCCAAUGGCACAACUCCCAGUUCCGUUCAGCUCCUGACCCACGGUAUCGGAUUUGACCGCUACUACUGGGACUUUGCACCUGGCUACAGUUACGUCGACUACGCUAUCGAGCAGGGCUACGCAACCUUCAGCUACGACCGUCUUGGUGUCGGCAUGUCGUCAACUCCCGACCCCAUCAAGACCGUCCAGGGCCCCCUCGAAGCCAGCAUCGCCAACGAACUCGCCAUGAUGCUCCGCCACUCCAUGUUCGCCAACACCAACUUCACAUCCGUUAUUGGAGUCGGCCACAGUUUCGGCAGUGCCAUUACUCAAUCGGUCACCUACAACCACCCCAAGACCUUCGAUGCCGCUAUCUUGACUGGUUUCUCUGCCAAUCAAUCCGCCAUUGCACCUUUCCUCACUGCUUUGAACCUGCAAAUCGCAUCCCAAAACCAACCUUACAGAUUCUCCAACCUUAACAAUGGAUACUUGGUCGAUUACUCCACCAUCAGCAACCAAUACGGAUUCUUCCGCGCUCCCAACUUCGACCCUCUGAUCCUCGCCGCCGCCGAAGCCGCAAAGGGUUCCGUCACAUUCGGAGAGCUGUUCACCCAAGCCGCUAUCUCUGGUGUCGCUGCAAACUUCACCGGUCCCGUUGCUAUUGUCAACGGCGACGCAGACUUGCCCUUCUGUUAUGGAAACUGCACUUAUCCUAUGAACAAGGCUGAGGCUGCUCUGAAGAUGCUUUAUCCUGCUGCCAAGGCUAAUGGCACUUAUCUUGCUCCUUCGACUGGUCAUGGAGUUAACUUGCAUUAUACUGCUAUGGGGGCGUUUGAGUUUAUUGGCUCGUUCCUUAGACAGAACAGGAUGUAA